AAACUCAUUAAUUUAUUUACAUGGUGAAAGGGAAGAUCGAGCAUCAUAAUGGAAACGGGAAUAGUGUAGACUGUACACCUCCUGAAGAUGGAGUUUGGGGAAAGGAAGAGGAGAAGGAAGUCACAGAGCUUUAAAUUGGUCACGGAUGAAGAUUUUAACUCUUCAUAUACCAUGAAUUCCAGCUGCAAAGAUGCAAACAGAGAAUCUAAGGAUGCUUCUGUGCCUGAUGAUUGGCUGGGGGAUGAGGGCAUGGAGAUCAAGAAGCAAAUCACAGGAAUGAUGAGACUUCUGAGUGAUAAGAGCAGCAGGGUAUAUCAACGUGUGGGAACAGAGCAAGACAGCUCAACAAUAACGCCCCCGGACAGGCAUCUGACUUGGGUACAUCAGCCUCCACCUUCAUCUCUUGCUUCAGAGGACCACCAGAUCAACAGCUGGAACUCAACAGGGGUUUUGGAGCCUUCACCUUCAUCCAUAUCCACCCCAAUCCCCAACGGUCCAGGCUGUGGCCAGUACAGCACCCGCUCCAAAGCCCUGCGGAUCCUCAACAAUACCAAGGAUCUGAACAAAAUGUUUGAGGCUAAUGACAUAGACCCUCCUGCUCCUCCAGAAACACCCUGCUGUAUGUGUAACUGUAAAGGCUCCUUGCAGGCUAUUUUGCAGGAACUGCGUGCCAUGAGGAGGCUGAUGCAGACUCAAAAAGCAUCUUUGGAAAGGCAGGAACAGGCCGCAUCACCAUGCCAACCUCGCCUCGGUCCUGGCCCUGCUCCUCGUCGUAGGCCCCGCAAGAGGAGGCCAAUCUAUAAAGUGGCACCACUGACUGUGUGUAGUACUAGAAGAUCUGGUCUUUCCACUGUGGAAGCAUCACCACUCACUGUUACACCUGCAGAAUCUGGAAAGAGGGAAGAUGAUGAUAAAGACUCUAACACAACCAACAGUCAUCCCAUCUCCUAUGAGGUUUUAGGGCAGCCACCCCAGAAAAAUGUAGUAACUGUCAACAACACACACAAUUCUCUCUUGAGCCAACGUAGGACACCUCAGGCCAUAGUAGAACAGUCUGACGUGCGUCUUGCAGAGGAAUAUGAUGUAUUUAUUUCAAAGGCUCAGCUAGACUCCAUUCUGGUCAACUAUACACGUUCUGGCAGCCUGCUGUUCCGCAAACUGGUGUGUGCCUUCUUUAAUGACGCUAUCCUGGCUAACUCUUUGCCAAAUGGUAAAAGGAAGAGAGGACUCAAUGACAACCGCAAAGGUCUAGACCAGAACAUCGUGGGUGCCAUUAAAGUAUUUACAGAGAAAUACUGCACUGAGCACAGAAUAGAGAAGUUGCCUGGGCCACGAGACUGGGUUCAGAUCCUUCAAGAUCAAAUCAAACUUGCCAGGAGGAGGCUGAAAAGAGAUGCUGCAGAAGCAGAAGAAGUCUUAAAUGGACCAUCAACAAGUAUGAACCACACAUUAAAAAUGUUCACACAUAUGGGCAGCUAA